AUUUCCUCACUUCUUAUUGUAAACCCCCAAAACGAUAAACACAACAACUCUUAAACCUAACCACAAUUCCCAGCUUUGUAAAUACAUACAAAAUAGGAAGAAGAAGAAAGAAGAAGAAAGAAGAAGAAGAAGAAGAAAAAAAAGAUGUCAACUUUUAUUUAUUCAAUCGGACCAAAUACAGUGAUAUCUCCAUUCCCAAGCAGAACAAGAACACCUCUAAACCCAAUUUCAGACAGAACCCAUUACACCAAUUUCAAGAUUCAGACACCCCUUUUGAGGAGGGGCAAUCUUGGUGUGGCUAGGUUCGGUUUGAACCAGGUUCCAACACCCGACCCGGAAAAUGCCGAGCUGGUAAUUCGAGAUUUAUUCGGCCGGGUCGAAGGGUUUCUCUACACUAUUGCUGACGCGGCAGUCACUUCUUCGGACACAGUUGAUGCAGUUGGUACAACUAAGCAGAACAGUGAUUGGCUUUCUGGGAUUACUAACGCCAUGGAAGCUGUUCUCAAGGUUCUUAAAGACGGACUUUCCACUCUGCACGUACCCUAUUCUUACGGCUUCGCAAUCAUAUUACUGACUAUACUUGUUAAAGCUGCCACUUUUCCGUUGACAAAGAAGCAGGUGGAAUCAGCAAUGUCGAUGCAAUCUUUGACACCUCAAAUUAAAGCUAUCCAGGAACGGUAUGCGGGCGAUCAGGAGAGAAUUCAACUCGAAACGGCUCGGUUGUACAAACUAGCUGGCAUAAAUCCACUAGCAGGAUGUCUUCCUACACUCGCCACCAUUCCCAUAUGGAUCGGGCUUUACAGAGCUCUUUCAAAUGUGGCCGAUGAGGGACUUUUGACCGAAGGCUUUUUCUGGAUACCCUCGCUAUCGGGUCCCACAACUAUCGCCGCUCGACAAACCGGCAGUGGUACCUCUUGGCUUUUCCCAUUCAUCGAUGGUCAUCCUCCGCUUGGAUGGUCCGAUACUUUGGCAUACCUUGUCUUGCCGGUGCUUCUUGUUAUCAGUCAGUACGUCUCUAUACAGAUCAUGCAACCCCCACAGCAGAGUAACGAUCCAAAUGUGAAGACUUCACAGGCAAUAACCAAAUUGCUACCGUUGAUGAUCGGUUAUUUUGCUUUAUCGGUUCCAUCCGGUUUAAGCAUUUACUGGUUUACAAACAACAUACUAAGUACGGCUCAACAAGUGUGGCUUCGGAAAUUAGGCGGUGCAAAGAGUCCGAUCAAGAAAUUGAGUGACGAUGAUAUUAUUAUCAAGAAAGAGAAACCCCGAAUUCUCGAGUCCGUUUCUGAAGCACCGAUAGCAGCCAAAGUAUUGGAUAAUAAAAAAGACGAGAAAUUAACUUCAGAAGGGCCUCGUCCGGGUGAAAGGUUUAAGCAACUAAAGGAACAAGAAGCUCGGAAAAGAAAGCAAAGAGAGGAAGAGGAAAGGAAAGCUGUAGCGGAAUUAGAAGAAGGAAUAACAAAUCGAGAAGUGGAUGAAGAAUCGAGCUCCGAUAUUAGUGGAUUUGCUGUAAAUGGUACUAGUGCUAAUUCAGAAGAAAACCAUGAAACAUCAGAUAAUCACAGUAAUGGAAGAAGUAGUCUGCGUCUGGAAAAAAAUAUCGACAAGGAUUAAAUUUUAUUAUUAGGAGAAAUUCAAGACAACUUGGAUUGUAUUAUGCAUCGGAAAAACAGGAGAGAGUAGAGAUUUUACGCAAAGAUAGAAACCGAGUGAGUUAUAGUAUCUCUCAGAUCAUACGUCGCAUAAGUUCCACAGGGUUAGUUUCGUCAUUUCGUGGCUGUUCCUGAGAAGCAUAGGUCAUGGAAUUCACCACAUUGUUUGCUCAAGUAGGCUACUUUUCUUGCAAAAAAAUUAUCAUAUACUACUGUAGAUUAAUAUUAUUAAUAUCUUUACAAUAAAUAGAUUAAUAUUAUUAAUAUUGUUGUGCGAUCUGUCUCCUGUUUAAAUAAUUGAAUUCAAUAUUUAAAUAAUUGAAUAUCAGCAUGUAUCAAUUUCUUUGUAAAAACAAAUGUCAACGACUAAAAAAUCAGUUGAAUAUUUUU